AUGGACGAGAGAGCCGCCAGUCAGAAGCCGAUAAAGGUGGCGGUGGCGGUGGACGGCAGCGAGAACAGCAUCGAGGCUCUGCGAGCCGCCAUCCGCAUGUUCGGCCCCACGGCCAAGGAGAUCCAUAUCGUGCACGCGCGCCGCCCCUUCGACCAUGAUUUUGACGUGGAAAAUACGCCCCUAUGGCAGCAGCCUUUUCAGCGCAUGGAGCGCCAAUCGCGCGCCGACUCGCGCGAGCUUCUUGGCAUCUGCUGCCAGAUGGCCGCGCAGGAGACGCAGCGCGUGCGCCCCGCGGAUAAGAGCGCGGAGAGGGCGGGAAGCGGCGCCAGUUGCGGCAGCACAAAUAGCAGUCCGGACAGCAGUCCCGGGCACAGCGCGGAAAGCAGUCCGACCAGCCAUGGGGGGCGCGGGGUGGUUGUGGAAGCAGCGAGUAUGGGGGUAGGCGGGUUAGAAGUGAAAGGUGUGGAGUUAAGAGGCGACCCGCGCGACGUGAUUAGCAACUAUUCGAAAUACGUGGGCGCGGAUAUGCUGGUCAUGGGCUCGCGAGGAAAUAGUAUGCUCAAAAGGUUCCCCAUGGGCAGUGUGAGCAACUACUGCAUGCGCAAUGCUGCUUGCCCUGUUCUCAUAGUCCCAGCUCCAGCCGCAGGCCCCACAGCGUGUUCCGUCGUUUCCUCCCUUUUUCUUGCCUCCGGCGGCGGCAGCGGUAGCGAGACGAACAUUGCUGCGUGGCUGUAUGGGGUGGAAGAUGUUCGUUUGCUUCCUGCACCCACCCCCUCGGAACUGGGGCCUCACGACGUGCGGGUGCGGGUGAGAGCCGUGGGAAUAUGCGGCAGCGACGUGCAUUACUAUAAGCACAUGCGCAUCGCAGACUACGUAGUGAACUCCCCCAUGGUGCUAGGCCACGAGAGCGCAGGCACGGUGCUGCAAGUGGGCUCGGCAGUGACCCGCUGCAAGCCCGGGGACGCAGUGGCCAUGGAGCCGGGGCGCGGGUGCCUUGCUACAGCCGCCGCGUGUGCGCACUGCGCGGGGGGCGCUGGCCGCUACAACCUGUGCCGCGACAUGCAGUUCUUUGCCACGCCGCCCGUGCAUGGAUCGCUGGCCAAUGAGGUGAUCCACCCGGACUUCCUCUGCUUCCCCCUGCCGCCCUCCGUGUCUCUAGAGGAGGGCGCCAUGUGUGAGCCGCUCAGUGUCGCCGUACACGCCUGCCGCCGCGCCCUUGCCGCCGGCCCCGCCAUCCUCCCCCUCACACACCCCUCUCACUCCUCAGUCCCGCCUUCCUCCGCCCCCACCACUACCUCCUCCUCCUCCUCCUCCACUCCCUCCUCGCCAUUCUCCUCGGAGCCGUCACUUGCCGGGUUGCAUGUGGCAGUGGUGGGAGCGGGUCCCAUAGGCCUGCUCGUGGCCAUGACUGCCCGCGCUCUGGGUGCCGCUGCUGUUGCCGUUGCGGAUGUUAGCAGGGACCGGGUGGCGUUUGCGGAGGAGGUGUUGUUGGGUGGUGGAGAGGGCGAGGGAGGAGGGGAGCGGGAGAAGGGGUGUGGAAUACGAGUGCUGCAGAUGGAAGCGGGUGCAACGGCUGAAGCCAAUGCCGCCCGGCUUCUAGAAGCAUGCUCGGGCACCAUCCACGUCACCAUGGACUGUGUUGGCAUCACCGCCACCAUGCGCACGGCUCUCCAUGCCACGUCAGCAGGAGGACGCGUUGUGCUCAUAGGCAUGGGAGAAACCGAGCCUGAGAUGUCCCUACCUAUAGCUUCGGCCGUGGCUCUCCGGGAGGUUGACAUUGUGGGUGUGUUUCGUUACUGUCACACGUAUGACACAUGCGUUGCGCUGUUGCGGGACCGGCGCGUUAAUGUGAAGCCACUUAUAACGCAUCGAUUUGGGUUCUCGCAAGGAGAGGUGGAGGAGGCGUUUAGAGUGAGUGCGGGAGGAGGGAAGGCGAUCAAGGUCAUGUUCAAUCUGUAG